AUGCCUCCCAAUAUUAGAAAACAUGAGUCUGGGUAUGAAAAACGUAAGAAAAAGAAAAAAAUUGAGGAGUUAACUCAAUCUCAAAAAGGAGCUCUUGAUAAAUUUAUUAUAAAAGAACCAUUAGUUUCUUUAAAAAAUCAUAAUUAUGACAUUGUUGAUGUUGAAAUUCUUGAAAAUGUGGUUCCUAAUGAACAUGUUAGUAUUGAGAAUCAAAAUGAAAGUGUUGAUAUGGAAAGUAGAGGUGAUGUGUCUAUUGAAAAUGUUAAUGUGGAAAAUAAUAGUGAUGAGUCAUUUAAAAAUGAUAAUAUGGAAAAUCAAAAUCAUAAUACUACAAAUAGUGAUGAUGAUCAUUUGAAUAAUUCACUUAAAAAUGAAGAUGUUUUAGAGGAUAAUGAUGAUAACAAUGCAGAGCAAUCAAACCCAUUUGAACAUUUGCUUGAUAUAUUUGAUCCAAGAAAUUAG